AUGUUGUUCAACAAGAUCACAGCUCUAUCUUUGAGCUCGCUGAUUGCCAGCACAGUCUCUGCAGCAGACUUGCCUGCUAUCGAGAUUAAGGGCAACAAGUUUUUCUUCUCCAACAAUGGCUCCCAAUUCUACAUGAAGGGUAUUGCGUACCAGCAAGACAGCGCGAACACGACCACCGGUGACACGUUCAACGAUCCUUUGGCCGACUACUCUGCUUGUUCCAGAGAUAUCCCAUAUAUGCAAGCUGUUGACACAAACACAAUCCGUGUGUAUGCUCUAAAUGCCACUUUGGACCACACCGAGUGUAUGCAAGCGCUGAACGAUGCCGGUAUCUACGUGAUUGCCGAUUUGUCGCAACCAUCGCAAUCUAUUAACAGAGAUUCGCCCUCGUGGACCGUGGAGCUAUACGACCGUUACACCUCCGUUGUUGACGAGUUCCAAAACUACACUAACGUUUUGGGUUUUUUCGCUGGUAACGAAGUCACCAACAACAAGUCGAACACCGAUGCGUCUGCCUUUGUGAAGGCCGCCAUUAGAGACACCAAAGCCUACAUCAAAGACAAGGGAUACAGAAGCAUCCCCGUCGGUUACUCGACUAACGACGAUGAGGAAACUAGAGUCUCUAUGGCCGACUACUUUGCCUGUGGUGACGACGAUGUGAAAGCUGAUUUCUACGGUAUCAACAUGUACGAAUGGUGUGGAUCCUCUACCUUCCAAACCUCUGGCUACGCUGACAGAACCAAGGAAUUCGCCAACUUGACUGUGCCACUAUUCUUCUCGGAAUACGGCUGUAUCGAGAGCAGACCAAGAAAGUUUGAAGAAGUUGGUACUUUGUACGGCUCCGACAUGACCGACGUCUGGUCUGGCGGUAUCGUCUACAUGUACUUCGAGGAAGCUAACAACUAUGGUUUGGUUUCCAUCGUUGACAACAAGGUCAGCACUUUGUCGGACUACAGCUAUUACUCGGCUUCCAUCAACAAAGUAUCCCCAACCUCCGUCAACUCUGGCUCAUACAGUCCUUCCUCCACAUCGUUGUCGUGCCCAGCGACCAACUCCAACUGGAAGGCUGCCACUAGCUUGCCACCAACACCCAACAGUGCCUUGUGUGAGUGUAUGGCCAACUCAUUGAGCUGUGUCGUGGACGACAGCGUCGACGAGGAUGACUACGGUGACUUGUUCGGCAUUGUUUGUGGCUCCAUCUCAUGUGAUGGUAUUACUGCUAGCGGUUCGAACGGUACUUACGGCUCUUACUCCUUCUGCAACGCCAAGGACAAAUUGUCGUUUGUUUUGAACAACUAUUACAUUCAAAACGGCAAGAGCAAGUCCGCGUGUGAUUUCAGCGGCUCUGCUUCUUUGCAAACCGCAACCACCGCCUCUGCCUGUUCUUCUGCUCUAAGCCAGAUCGGUUCUGCCGGUACUGGUUCUGCCAGUGGUCUUUCAUCUCUUGCUUCCUCGGGCUCCUCCUCUGGGUCCAAGAGCUCAGGCUCCAGCUCUGGUUCUAGCUCUAGUGCCAGCUCCAGCAGUACUGGUAAAAGUAACGCUGCGGUGUCGAACUCUCAAACUUCUUUGGCCAUGGUAUUUAUGACUGCCUUGGUCGCCAUCGGUGCUACCGCAGGUGUCGGUUUCGUCAUUGCGUAA